UUUCUUAUAUACUUGUUUUACCUGUUAUUUUUGUUGUCGAAAUUGAAUAUUGUGUUAUAACCAUGUUUAGAAUAGACUUAAAGGCCUUGGUUCAACUGUCCAAGUCCACGGAGGACCCAUUGAUCAAGCACAAGCGCAUAAAGUGCGGCAAGGUGAGCUAUAUGCUUUGUUAUGCGCUGCAGAAUGGCUUUCUGACCAUAAGGCAGGCGAAACGCAUAACCAGGCGGUCGCGCUCUAGUCGCCAGCCUAGGCAUCAACGCACACUGCGGCGUUCCAGCCAAACCUGGAUCGAGUGCGUCAGCGAUGCUAGCAGCCAGACGAGCUUCGGUCGGAUGUGCAAUGUGGAAACUCAUUUUCCCCUGGUUAUCGAUGUGGAGAGCCAAACGCCAGUAUUGCACUAUACGCAUGCCGCCGUGGACACGCUGGAUCUGAGCCUCAGGAUAUCCAGACAUCAGCAGACCACCACACGCUUCUUUCAUUCCACCAGCAGUCAGACAAAGCGCCGCACACUGGAGGAGCGCGCCACACAAAUCGAAGUGAAACUCAAGACUAGGUGGACGCAAACAGAUCCAAGGACCAUGCCCACCAGCAUGUCCAGCAGCACACAGACCAUGGCCAUUGUGGUGCAGCAGCGGGAGAGCUUUACACAGACGACACAGUCUGAGGACGAGGAAGAGCUGCUGAAGCCGCACGAGCGGGUAUUUCAGCUGCUAUUGAGAUCUCUGAGUUGUCAGAGCAACUUGCUCCUGAAUGGCGUGGCGUCCAUCAAUCAGCUGGUAGAAUUCAAGCAGCUCGAACUGCAAAAGCAACGCCUAGAGGCGGAAGCCCAAGUUAAGGCACAGGCAGUUGCCAAGCUGCAAAAACUUAAGCAACUGCAGGCCAGAAGAGCUCAGAAGCGCAGCAAGCACCAGCAUUGCACCAGGAACAAGAUUAGGGCAAGGCCAGCGCCUGAACCAAAGCAGCCAGAGAAGCAGACACAAACCACGCAGGCACACACCCAGACGGAGCACCCGGUCACAGACUGCCGCAGCUCGCAAACGGAGCAGCUGGCAGAGCGGGUCGUCCGCUUGGCGGUGGCUGCCACGCAAACGGAUCGGAUCAAAGGAUUCUCUUGGCUGCGGCGCAGUAGCUGAAACUGUAUUCAGUAUGUACUUACCAUAGCCAGCGCCAGCUUGUUGCCGCAUAUGUUCUUGUUACCAUUGUUGUUAAAGU